AUGGUCCGCUUCGCCCCCGUCCUCCUUUCCCUAGCCACCGCCGCCUCCGCCCUCCGCAUCAACUCCGUCUCCCACAGCGGUCCGGCUUGCCCUCAGGACGCCAGAGUGACCUGGUCCGGCGGCCUCGACGACCUCACCAUCACGCUGUCCGACUUCAGCGAGACUCUGGCGGCGGGCCAGAUGACGAGCUGCCAGGUCCACCUGCUGGUCGACGGCGGCGAGGCCGGGCGAGCGCUGGUCCUGCAGGACGUCGUCGUCCGCGGCGGGCUGUACCUCAGCUCUAACGCCAAGGUGGACUUUUACACGACGGCAUAUUGGUCCGAGGCGGCUUCUGACACGGUUACCAAGUCCACGAGCACCUCGUCGGGCGCCGGCGCCGUUGCGCGGAACGUGGCUGUGGCCCAACGCGUGGAUACGGCGUCGACUUGCGUUGGCGGUGACGGGUACGUGGGGAUCCUCAACGUCACGUUCCGCAUCAUCUCGCAGGCUGGCAGCCGGGUUGUCUUUGGUAGGGAGCGCAAGGACGGCGGGACGUCUCCUGUCACGGAGGCGCUCACGUUCAAGUGGCAGGGCUGUUGA